UUAGUAACAUUUUACCCACGAUGCAUUGGGUUUUCAAAAUGGCGAUCGUUUACACAUGAGAUUUAGCAGUUGUCACGAUACAUUCGAUUCAGCACUACCUCUCAUAUUUUGAGUAUUUCUACGCCUAUUUUAUCAAAUUUGAGACAUAACUAACAUUAUUGAAGAUGCCUAAAAAGAACACUACUUCAAACAUGAGGACCAAAAUAGCUAACAUGAAUGCUGCUAGGCUAAAGAAAAUGGAGGGGUCACCAAACAUCCCUGCCUCUAGUGUGGCUCCACUUUCACCAGUCACUCCAAACGUUUCGUCAACACCACCCACAUCAAACAUGUCGGCAUCGCGGCGCAAACUUGCGUAUUUUGCUGAUGUGAAGGCACCCACUGUACAGUCAACUCUGCCCACAACUAUAGUUGACUUGAAUUGCCUUCAAGGUCUACUUCAAGGUGUUGUGUGCUCAGACUGUGGCAGCAGUGACCUCAAACUGCAAUGCGAUGCAGAUCGUAUUCAAGGACUGGCAGUACCAGUAAAACUUUACUGUGGACAUUGUCAAAGUAUUAGGUCACAAGCCUACACCUCAAAGAAGUGUUCAGCCAAAGUGUUUCAACAUAACAGGGGCAUUGUGUUUGCAUCUUUGUAUGCAGGCAUAGGAUAUGCACACCUGGCUAAAUUUUCCGAGGUUAUGGGACUGGAAAUGCUGACCUGCCAAGCAUUCAAUGACCACGUAAAACUGAUAGAGAAGGCCAUGUCUGUAGAGCUGAAUUCAAUUUUUGAUGAGUCUGCAGAGAAAGUAAAAGCAGCAUAUUCUGAAAGUGAAAACCCACACAAUAUAGCUGUCAGUUACGACGGCACAUGGGCCAAGCGAGGACACACAUCAAAGCUGGGUGUUGGUGUCGUCAUAGAUGUCAAGACAGGGCUUGCAAUUGACUCACAUGUUAUGUCAACAUAUUGCCAGCAAUGUUCGACAGUUGGGGAUAACUUGAAGAAAUCUGACCCAGAGAAACAUUUGACUUGGUACGAGGGACACAAGGCAAAGUGCUCCAGAAAUUUUAGUGGUUCGUCUGGUGCCAUGGAAGUGGAAGCUGCCAAGAAGAUGUGGGGCAGAUCAGAGGCUCGGCACCAGCUGAGAUAUACGACAAUUGUGUCCGAUGGGGACACAAAAACUUACUCGGCUCUGCUUGAGAGCAGACCAUACAAGCACAUGAUUGAGAAGCAAGAGUGCAUCAAUCAUGUGGCCAAGAGGCUGAAUACAGCACUCCGCAACCUAGUCAAUGCUGAAAACAAGAGAGGUGUUAGAUUAGGAGGAGCUGGCCUUGGUAACCUGACACAGACCAAAAUGGGUCUUCUUCAGAGCUACUACACCAAGGCUGUCAGGACAUACAAUGGUUCAGUACAAGAGAUGAGCGAUGCCAUUUGGGCUGCUUUUUUUCAUUCAACUUCGACUGACAAAACACCUCAGCAUCAUAAGUGCCCAGGGGGCCAAGACUCCUGGUGUUUUUAUCAGAGGUCGAAGGCUAAAGGUUUGUCUGUGCCUUCACACAAAGGUAGGCUGACAACCUACCUAAAUGAAAAGGUUGCUCCAUAUGUGGAAGCAAUCUACAGAAAAUUAACAGAGCCAGCUCUGUUGAAGCGGUGCUUGCUGGGGAAGACGCAGAACACUAAUGAGAGCCUUCAUGGCAUGAUUUGGAGUCGCUGCCCUAAACAUAUUUUUAAUGGUUUGUCUAGGGUUACGAUAGGCACAGCUUUCGCCAUUGGCGAAUUCAACCAGGGUUCUGCUGCAACCCAUAGAUUUCAAACAGCAGUGGGUUGCAGCUUGUCUGAGAAAGGCGCCAGAUUAGGCCAGCUACGUGACGAAAAAAGAGUCAGAAAAGCAGAUUUGGCCAUUGAGUCUAAUAGCAAAAGGAGGAGGAUAGCCAGGCAACUGGCACAAACAAAAGAAAAUGAGUCCAGACAGGUGGAGGAGGGUGGGGCUUCUUAUAUUGCAGGGGGUUUUUGACUUUUCAUAAUUUUUUUUCCAUCAAUGUAAUCUUUAUGAAUUAAUUUGUAAAUGCCUAUUAUUAUUAUUUAACAGCUUUUUUGGAUGUUCCCUUUUAACAUAAAUGUUUUAAAACAAUGUUAUAGCAUCUUUCAUUCAAAAUAUUUAUUGUUCCUGAAAAUUUAUUUUUUGGGAUUUUUACGUCUUUUAUUUUCAAGGGUGUUAUCGUUUAAAAUUGUAAAAUUUUACCAUUAUUAAUUGUCUAAAUUUACUUUUAUUUAUCUCUAUUUAUUGCCAGAUGGUUGCCAUUGAUGAAAAAUGUAACUUUUAACUUCUUGUUGAAGAGGAA